AUGUUGCUCGCCAGCUUCAGCCCAGGCGUCCUGCUGGGGUCGUCAGUGGCGCCGCCGCUGCCGCCCCCGCUGGUGGGCGUGCGCGCACGUGAUGGACCUUGGUCAGCCAUUUUGCGGCGCGCCGGCCGGGAUGCUAUCACCUGCGCGCUCGCGGCAUCGCUGGCUACGGGCGGGCUGCGAGCAGUGCAUGCAGACGUCGGCGUGCUCAGCGAGCAGGGCGUUGGAGUCGCGGCGGCGCGAGCAGUGUCCGGGUCGCCGGUGGCAGAGGAGGUGUGGGCCCUCCUGGACAAGUACUUUCUCGACCGCACCUUCAACGGCGUCGACCUGGCGGCGGAGCGACUGAGGCUGCAGCAGAUGGCGCCGCUCUCCGAGACGGCAGCGCUCGACGAGAGCGAGGCUCUGGUGCGGCGGCUAGGCGAUCGCUUCUCGCGUGUGCUGAAGCCGGCGCAGACCGCCAAGCUCGGCAAGUACGACGUGAUCUCCGACUCGGGGGCGAUGCUCGUCGGCGCGGCGAUCCAGAGCGACGGGUCGGUCGCCUCGCUGGUGGUGCGCCGCCCCUCGUCGGGCGCGGAGCCGCGCGCUCUCACGCUGCAGGUGCUCGACAUGCGCGGCAACUCGGGAGGGGCGGGCGGCGCGAGGCAGCCGCUCUACUCGCGCGAGUCGGGCGCCGUCGCGUCGCAGCCGCUGCAGGUGUGGGUGAAUGGGCGCACCGCGAGCUCGGCCGAGGUGCUCGCGGCGGCGUUGCACGACAACUGCCGCGCCAAGGUGGUCGGCGCAAAGACGUACGGCGUCUUUGGGCUCUCCGACGGCGGCGCGCUCAUCGAGACGGUCGCGAGCUACGCGACGCCCGCCGGCGCAGAGAUCAACGAGCGCGGGAUCGCACCCGACGAGGAGCGCAUCUUCCUGUCGGACGUGCUCGGCUCGUCCUUCCUCGACGCCGACAUAAAGGGCGCCGCGAUUGCGCAGCCAGUGUGCGGGACGCGCAGAUAG